AUGACACCGGAACAGAUUGACGAGUAUCUGAGCCGCCCGAUGAUUGCGGACCUAGCUAGUUUGAACCCGGACGGGUCGCCGCAUGUGGCGCCGGUGUGGUUUAGGUGGGACGGCGAGGUGGUGAAGGUCUUCACGCAGACGACCGCGGUGAAGGUGCGGAACAUACGGCAGGACGCGCGGGUUGCGGUGUCGGUUGCUACGCAAGAGGCGCCGUAUGGGUAUGUCAUUGUGAACGGCACGGCGGUAAUCUCCAGCGAAGGGAUUCCGGACGAGGUGCGGGCGAUGGCGAUCCACUACAAGGGUGAGGUCGAGGGCGAGAUAUACAUCCAACAGGCGCUGCAAGAGAUGGAGUUCUGCCUGCUGACGAUUACGCCUACGAAGAUAAUCGGGUGGCUUGACGAGGAACAGGGCUAA